GGGGGUGCUGGUGUCUGUAUCACCGCUAUUUUGUUUUUUUCUUUUUUCAAGUAAAUUGGAAACUAACGUUUAUCUGUCACUUUUCCUUUAUAUUCUAGUGUAUUUUCUUUCUCCUCUUGAAGACUGCUCCAUUAUUUUUCUCAGAGGUAGAUGUUUAAAGUGGAUCAAAGUUGUUUCAAAGAUUUUCAGCUUCAAUGGAGUUCAAUUUCCUCCCCAUCUUCACAUUUAUUUCAGGAAUGCAGUAGUAUCUCCCGAAGCUUACUGGAACAUGGUUUUGCAAAACACUCCCAUGCCUAGGACUGUCAAGAAUCUUCUACCCUUAGAAGGCAAUGUUGUUCCUGGCCGAGGACUUGAGCCUUGGAACCUUGGGGGGCCUAGGAACCAUCAGUAUCCUUGGGAUCUGUACUAUUAUAUUAGCUAUACUGGUAAUGUGUACGAACAACCAUUACACUACGGCUCAACUUUUUUUUUGGAGAAGGACAUCAAACAAGGCACAAAGAUGAAAUUAAACCUCUCCACGAUAACACAAACAGAUGGAGUUACUUUCUUACCCAGACAAGUUGCUCAGAUGAUUCCUUUUUCCUCGAACAAAUUUCUGGAAAUUCUGAACCGAUGUUUGAUAAAACCCAAUUCAGUUGAAGCCGAGAUUAUCAAGGAAACAAUCAAAUGCUGUGAGAGGUCUAGCUUUCAAGGAGAGCAGAAAUAUUGUGCAACUUCAUUAGAGUCCAUGAUCGAUUUCUGCACUUCCAUGUUUGGCAAAAAUAUCCAGGCAUUCUCUACUGAGUUAGAAAAAUCGCAGGAGUAUCGUAUAUCAGGAUUCAAAAAGAUUGGAAGAGGAGGACGAGAUGGCCCAGUAGUGUGUCAUAAGCUAAAUUACCCGUAUGCGGUCUUUUAUUGCCACAUUAUUUGCUCCACCGAGACAUAUAUGCUUUCGUUGGAAGGUGCAGAUGGGACGAAAGCAAAAGGUGCAGUGGUGUGUCAUAAAAAUACAUCGGCAUGGAAUCCCAAGCACUUGGCCUUUCAAAUUCUCAAGGUUAAGCCAGGAACUGUUCCUAUUUGCCAUGCUCUUCGUCAAGAUAAUAUUGUCUGGCUUCCUAACUAAAUCUCUAAAAUAUAUAAUCGAUGCCAUUAGUUUAAAAUCAUGUAGUUUGUUUGGUAUUAAUUAAGAGAAUAUUUAUAUAUGGUUGUGAAUGUAGUUUGCAGUGUAAUUUAAAACCAACAUUAGUUUGGUUUUAAUGUGUAGUAUGGUUGUGAAUGUGGUUUGCAUUGUAAUUUAAAUAAAACCUUUGUUUGGUAUUAAUUAAUAAAUGUGUAUAUAUAUUGUUGUGAAUGUA